AUGUAUUUUGAAACUAAUAUAGAAGCAAAGGAUGAUAUUUCAAAUUCAUUACCGACGGUAAGUUCCAGUCGCAAGGAACGUACUGCAUUUACCAAAGAACAAGUUAAAGUUCUUGAAGAAGAGUUCGCUCAUACAAAUUACUUGACCAGAUUAAGAAGAUACGAAAUAGCAGUGGCUUUAGAUUUGACGGAAAGACAAAUAAAAGUCUGGUUUCAAAAUAGACGCAUGAAAUGGAAACGUAUAAGAUUAGAACAGAUUCACUAUUUAACGAACUUUAAUGAACUUUAA